CGAGGUACCCAGAGCCGACAAACCGGAGCCACAGAGUGUUGCCAGAAGCCCCGCCCCUAGGAGUGAUCGGAAAGCCUCACCCAUCCGGGUGAGGAACCUGGAGGGACCGCCUCAGGGCGGAGCCCGCCGACCAUGGCUACGCCCCCGGGGGCCGGUCCUGCAGCUCUACGCUUCGCCGCCGCAGUUAGCCGGCAUGUUGUGAGCGGACGUGUGGAACAUUUUCCCCGAGUUCUGCAGUUUCUGCGAUCUCUGCGCGCUGUUGCCCCUGGCUUGGUUCGCUGCCGGCACCACGAACGCCUUUGUAUGGGCCUAAAGGCCUAGGUGGUGGUGGAGCUGAUCCUGCAGGGCCGGCCUUGGGCCCAAGUCCUGAAAACCCUGAAUCACCACUUUCCAGAAUCUGGACCUAUAGUGUGGGAUCCCAAGGCUACAAAGCAGGAUCUGAGGAAGAUUUUGGAGGCACAGGAGACUUUUUACCAACAGGUGAAGCAGCUGUCGGCUCCUGUGGAUUUGGCCUCCAAUCUGCAGGAACUUGAACAAGAAUAUGGGGAACCCUUUCUGGCUGCCAUGGAAAAGCUACUUUUUGAGUACUUCUGUCAGCUGGAGAAAGCACUGCCUACACCGCAGGCACAGCAGCUUCAGGAUGUGCUGAGUUGGAUGCAGCCUGGAGUCUCUAUCACCUCUUCUUUUGCCUGGAGACAAUAUGGUGUGGACAUGGGGUGGCCACUUCCAGAAUGCUCUGUUACUGACUCAGUGAACCUGGCUGAGCCCAUGGAACAGAAUCCUCCUCAGCAACAAAGACUAGCACUCCACAAUCCUCUGCCAAAAGCCAAGCCUGGCCCAUGUCUUCCUCAGGGACCAUCUUCAAGGACGCGCCUAGAACCUCUAGCUGGCCGCCACUUCAAUCUGGCCCCUUUAGGCCGACGAAGAGUCCAGUCCCAAUGGACGUCCACUAGGGGAGGCCAUAAGGAGCGCCCCACAGUCAUGCUGUUUCCCUUUAGGAAUCUGGGCUCACCAACCCAGGUCAUAUCUAAGCCUGAGAGCAAGGAAGAACAUGCGAUAUACACAGCAGACCUAGCUGUGGGCACAAGAGCAGCCUCCACUGGGAAGUCUAAGAGUCCAUGCCAGACCCUGGGGGGAAGGGCUCUGAAGGAGAACGCAGUUGACUUGCCUGCCACAGAGCAAAAGGAGAAUUGCUUGGAUUGCUACAUGGACCCCCUGAGACUAUCAUUAUUACCUCCUAGGGCCAGGAAGCCAGUGUGUCCUCCAUCUCUGUGCAGCUCCGUCAUUACCAUAGGGGACUUGGUUUUAGACUCUGAUGAGGAAGAAAAUGGCCAGGGGGAAGGAAAGGAUUCUCUGGAAAACUAUCAGAAGACAAAGUUUGACACCUUGAUCCCCACUUUCUGUGAAUACCUACCCUCUUCUGGCCACAGUGCCAUGCCUGUUCCUUCCUAUGACUGUAGAGACAGCUCUAGACCCCUGUGAUAGAACUAAAAUGCCCUUUGUACUCUGCCUGUCUCCUACCUCCUCAGCUCUGCAAGUCGUUUAGUAGGAAUGAAGUGGAAGUCCAGGCUUGGAUUGCCUGACUACACUGCUAAAAAUAUUUGUAAUGCUUAAUAAUUAAACUUUGGAUUUGUUAAAAUAC